CAGGAGGGGCGGGGCCUCCCAGAGGCGGAAGCCGGGAUUCGCCUCCCGGGGAGCGAUUGGUCCUCGGAAGGGGCGGGGAGGUGGGCGGGGGUCCUGGCGGUCGCUGGGUCGACAGCCUUGGGUCUGUUGGCGGCAGCGAGUGCGUUGCGGUUACGGUGGCGCCAUGUCGUUCUGCAGCUUCUUCGGGGGCGAGGUUUUCCAGAAUCACUUUGAGCCGGGCAUUUACGUUUGUGCCAAGUGUGGCUAUGAGCUGUUCUCCAGCCGCUCAAAGUACGCACACUCAUCCCCAUGGCCGGCGUUCACUGAGACCAUUCACGCCGACAGCGUGGCCAAGCGUCCGGAGCACAAUCGAUCUGAAGCCUUGAAGGUGUCCUGUGGCAAGUGUGGCAACGGGUUGGGCCAUGAGUUCCUGAACGACGGCCCCAAGCCGGGGCAGUCCCGAUUCUGAAUAUUCAGUAGCUCGCUGAAGUUUGUCCCUAAAGGCAAAGAAACUUCUGCGUCCCAGGGGCACUAGGCGGGCAGCCCAUACCUACCCCGGAUGGCCACCGCACUGAGGCCACACGCUGGCCACUCCACCUUGGAGUUGGGACCCUAGGCAUCAAGACAGAAAGUAGGCAGGGCAUGGUACUUGAAACAUCGGGAAGCUCCUGACGCCCCAGCUCUGAACAAGACCUUCUUGUUUCUUGGAAAAGACACUCAUUUGCUGAUGGUUCGUGCCUUCUGCCAGGACAGGCCUGGGCUGCACAGCCACACUGUCAACUUAGCUCCCCCCUGCCCACUCGGGGUGCCUCCAGGAGGUGGGCUCUGGGCGCAGCUGGUCUCUGAAUGAGGUUACACUCCCACUUUCUUUUCCUGGCCCUGUCUCUGCUCAUUGAGACCAUGGGUCCCAAUUCCAAGACAGACUCUCAUUGUCACUGAAGCUUAGGCCCACAUUUCCCAGGCGGCGUAGAAGACAGAAUGGAAAUGGAGGCUGCCCCUGCCACCCACCCCAGCCCCAGUCACUGCAUGAUCCACUCUGGUCAAACCCUUCCAGGCCAGCCAGGGUGGGGAUGGUCCGUGACCUGCUGGGAAGGCAGGCCGAUGGGCAGAGCCUGGGUAUCUCGUCCACAAGGGCAGAAACCUAAACCCUGUUUCACAAUCUGUGCGGAAGUAGCUUGCCUCACUCGGGCUUAGCAAAGCGCUGUUGCUCCAUUACUCUAACCAGCACAGGGCAGGGGCCCCGAGCUCACACCUGCCAGGAGGCCCUUCAAAGGUGUGUGACUGUGCCUUACUGGACAAGCUCAGAGGUCUUUCCAUACGGGAGGGUGGGUGAUGCUGAAGUUACCCUCCAUCUUAAGUCAUUUCUUUUUGGAGUAAUCAGACAGAAAUCAAUAAACAAAUGAAACACCCAGA